AUGGACAAACAAAUCUUUAAUAAGGUGAAGAUAUACAUAGAGGAAGUUAUUUAUCUUAAUGAGAUUGAGGAGAAGAUCCUUAGGAAGAGGGAUAAACUUGAUUGGCUUAGGAUGGGGGAUGAAAGAAAUGCUUUUUUUUUCCAUGCCUCCAUAAAAGCUAAGCAAAACGCCAAAAGUUUGAAUCAUCUUAUAAAAGCUGAUGGCUCCACCAUCCGAACUCACCACGAGAUUGAAAGAGAAAUUAUGGAGUUCUAUGGGCAGUUGAUGGGGAAGUUGGAUAACAAUAUCACCCAUAUAGACAUUGAGGCUAUGAUAAUGGGGAAUCAAUUGAGCAUAAAGCAAAGAGAACAACUGGUCAGGAGCAUAUCUGAGCAAGAUAUCACUAAAGCUUUGAAAGGUAUGGGUGAUCUAAAAUCCCCAGGUAUUGAUGACUAUGAAGCUAGAUUCUUUAAAGCCAACUGA